AUGAAGUUUCUUUUGUUGCUGCCUCUCCUUGUGUGUCUUCUGUCCAGAGCUGCAGGGAAAAUCUUUGGUCGCUGUGAACUGGCCCAGGUCUUGAAGAAAGCUGGCUUGGAUGGGUACCGUGGAUAUGGACUGGGUGACUGGAUUUGCCUGGCCUUCCAUGCAAGUCAUUUUGACACAGCGGUUGUGGACCACGAAGCUGAUGGCAGCACCAGCAAUGGCAUUUUCCAGAUCAACAGCCGCCUUUGGUGUGAAGAUUACAGGCACUUUGCACCAAACAUGUGCAACAUGCAUUGCAGUGAUUUGCUGACCAGUAACAUCAAUGACGACAUCAUCUGUGCCAUGAGGAUUGUGCAAGGAUACAGAGGCCUGGGGACCUGGAUGAGUUGGAAAGAAAAUUGUGAAGGCUUUCAGACCUCUGUUUGGUUGAAAGGGUGUUACCUGUGA